GUCUUGCAUGUGCGGAUGAUGCAACCAACGCAGAUGCAUGAGUCGUUGUUAACUAGCAGAAAGGGCACUAAAUCAAAAAUUAACGUCACGUACGUCACUCAAUGCAAUGGGCGUUCCAUCCAUCCCACGUCCCACGUCACAGCUUGUAAAACAUGCCUGUACACCCCUCCCCCCACCAUCGCCUCCCGAAGGAGUCAGGGAGCCUGGAUGGUUACUCGACAAUGCUCGUUGCCUGGAGUCCGUCGAAGUCGACCAGGUGGUCGUCCCAGUCCACAAGGCUCUCGACCGGCAUCUCCCUCAGUUGGUCAAGCUGACAACCAAAAGUGUGUAACACACACGCAGGCAGAGAGUGACCACACGAGAAUGAAAAUGGAUGCACGCCAUGCCUUUCCCCCUCACCAUUUCGCGCACGAGUGGCAGUUCGUCGUUGGAUGGGCACAGGACGGUGUUUGGCGGUCCUCCCCUGAGGGCUUCCUCUGUGGGCGCCUUGUUGGGGUCGGCGAUCCUGUAGAUGUUCUCGGGCAUGAAGCUGCGGAUCGUCUCGGAGAAGUGGGGGAGCCUGACCGGAUGAACAGACACAACGACACAACACAACACAACAAACCGGUACUCAUGAUGACAGACAGACAGACAGACAGGUGAGGGCUCACUGAUAGGCGUAGUCGGAGUUGAGAAGCCUGUAGGCAGUGAAUUCGCCGACCAUCUUCGGCUCGCCUGACCCAUUGCUGUCACUCUCACCGCUGCCCUCGCCCUGACAACCGUCAACAGAGACCAAGCAACGAGCGCAUUCCCGUGUAUGAGCCUUGAGCCUUUCCAGGUGUUGGCGCAUCCGGCCUGGUUUACCGGUCUCCGCAGCUCCCACACGACGCCCACGGCUGCAGCCGAUCGGAUUUUGCAGAGGUCGCUGAAGGCACUUACGACCGCCGUGGCUGAAAGCGCUAUCACACCAUUGUAGACCAGCCGACGAUUUGGUGUGCGGGGAUGGCGCAACUGCAUGCGAAAGCUGUGGACACAAGAUCAGGGAGAGAGAUGGAUGACUCGCACUGCACUCAUGCAUACCAUCCGAUGGAUGGUUGUGGCUAGCGGCUCGCUUACGUUUGCAGUUUCUCUGCGACCUUGUUGCCCUGCACGACUGGUCUGUCCUCCACCCGCCACCUCCCCGCCCACUUAGCCGACGGCAUCAUCACCGUGCCGUCGUCAUAAGUGAACAGCCGGUCGGGCGCCAAGAUCCGCGACUUGAGCGUGUACCCAUACAGAUCCGCCGGCUGAUACAGAUGCCACACGCCCGCCACCUGCUGCUUGGUAUCGCGCUGGUAGGCCUCAUCAGGCGUGUCAGAUAUGGGCACCACCGCCCUCGCGACUUCUUUGACGGCUGUAGUGGUGUCCAGUCCGAGCCGUUGCGCCUCCUUCUCAACCUCGGGCGAUGCGGGAGGCUUGUCGAGGUCCUUCGGUGGCUCCUUGAACAUACUCAGCCGAGAACGAUGCCGUGAGUGUGGCUGUGAGCGCUGUAUGCGGGGCGGAUGGCGUAACCGGACUGAUGGGGCGAGGAAGGCUGCACGUGGGAGGGGUAGGGGCAGGAGAUCUGCUGCUGCUGUAGCUGCUGCGGCUGCGAGUGUCCAGAGGAAGAUCAGUGCCUGAUGGAUGAGCUCCAUCGGUCGAAACAAACAAAGAUGAUAUGUACCGAUAGAUCUUCGUUGAAUCUUCGCAGCGGGCAGCCAGCUCUG